UGAAGGAAACCUUUACAAACGAGGGCUCUUAUGGACGCGAAAACAGGCAGUGGACAGCUCAUGCCUUUGCUGCACGUUGUCAUCUGGCUUCUCGCUUGCCACAUGUGCCUGUUCUUCCGAACACCUUCCUUCCCAUGAACUGUGCUCACUUUCCGUUGUGGAUGGCGGCCUCCUGUUUGCCAUGUGCUGGGUAUUCACUGCUCACAAUGAGUGUCGCACCUUCUGGAAUCAGUGAGAUUAAUGCAGGUGUAUCUUUGCAGCAAGUGCACACAUCGCAAAAGGGUGCGGUACUUCAAUGAACGCUAACAACCGCUCACUUUCGUCGCACUUCGACCGCCCUGUACAGCUAUCUCGUCACUCAUUCUCUUCUUACAAUAACCUAAUUCAUCGUCCUUUUCACUAACUCCUUCUCUCCAUAUCUUCGACUGUAUUGUACACGCUCAAGAUGAAAGUCGCGACGAUGUUCCUCAUGAGCCUGUCGCUCCUCGCGUUGGUUGUUGCUGCGCCGACCAAGAUCGACGCUCCCAUGGCCGAUCUGUCGCUCUCGCGCGGUGCUCUCGGCACCUUCGAGCAGCUGUGCUCGUCAAUAAAAUGUCUCUUCGGAAACGCAUUCGUCGAGCCAUCGUCGGGUUUGUGCGUCUGUCCUGACUGGCCCAAAAGACUGACUAAAUUCGCUUGUGAGGACCAUGUCUGCGACGGCGACACAGAACCAUUCUACUCUUUCAUCGAACAAGCCUGCUAUUGCAGCUCUAUGGAAAAAUGGCGCGAGCUUGAAAGAGAAGUCCUGGAGUCUAUGUCUGAGCCGGACGAUGACAACUCAUUUGAGCUUCGACGUCGUGAAAUGCCAACUAGCUCGAGCGCAUCUGUACGCAGCGCGAUACCAACAUUCAUCCCUCCACCAAAGCAGACCAUUACUCCAGCAGUGCUCAACCAGUCCUUGACUUCACAGCCGCAGGACAAUGCAACAGUCAGCUCCAUCAUCCCAUACUUCCAGGACGAUGUGCUGAAGAUCUACCUGCAAUUGAACGGCCUGGUUGCCGAUCUACUCGAGGUCAAUGCAAGCGCUUCCUUCCCUUGUGGUACCAUUGGAUUUGAUCCUAAACCGAAUCUUGCUCUUGUGCCCAAAGUAGUUCAACAAGGUCAAGGACAGUCUCAAGUUGUGAUUGCCGACUGUCAAUGCAUAGCUGUUAAUGUGUACACUCCCACUGUCAUCAACUACUGGGUCCAGAAGCAAGAUGGCACCAUCUACUCAGUCGUCGGCAGCAAUGAGGUACUCGGUAUCGACAAAAUGGACAUUAAUCAGAGCACGGCUUUGAGCAUCGUCACAUUACCUGUCAACGCCACAAAGCGCAGCAUUUCAGACACGAUUCAGUAUGUUCAACCAGUCAAACGACAGAUUUUCAGCAUCGACUGCGACAAAUCGUGUCCAUUCUACCACAUGCACCUGAUCAAAGGUGGUGAUGGCUACUGCGGGUGCAUGUUCAACGGAGCUGAUGAAGAGAUGCACCUUGCUGCGAGAGGCAUUGUAGCACCAGAUGUCAACACUGCGACCAUGACGGAGGCUGCUUGCAAAGCUAUGACAUGCUUCAACAAUAACAACAGUCCAGCCGUCUUCAAUCCAUUCAGUCGUACUUGCUGGUGCAACACCCCGGCUUACAUUGAAUCAAACCCCAGUGCUUGGAAUCCAACAUCCUGAAUAUGAUGUGAUAUGAGAAGGCUGUCCAAAGACUGCAGAGAACAGUGUAUCAACAUCCACAAAAGAACACGGCCACAUGUUAUGCCCACACUUCCAACUUGGUCUACCUUGACAGGGCAAAGAACGCCACAUCCUUGAGUUGGAGAAAGUCAUUGUGAGAAUCGGUUGGCUACGAUUGAGAGGCCGAUGAGAACGAUUGGCCGAGUGUCAUCGAAUGUUAUUGCCCGCCACAAACUGGAGCAUGAACAUGAACCUUCGUAGACCUACGUAAUUUCGACUGAGAA